AGACAGAUAUCAAACAACUUAUUAAUUUUUAAAAAAUGAGAAUUUUUUUGCUAAUUUGUGUCCAAACACUAACAGUCUUAGCAUUUAUGUCGACACUGAUUGAUAGUAUGGAUAUCGAUGACAAUACCAUUAACAGUACAUUUUGCACUCAAUGGGCCAAAAAUUCAUACAAAAUUAGCUACAGUUAUGAGCAACGGCUUGACAAAAAUCCCAGUCGGUUUACAGUUUUGGUCAUUGGCAACACUUUCUGGAACCUGGAGAUCAAUAUCAUAGAUGAAACAUUAAAACUGUUGGUCGACAAACCAAAACUAAGCGAUUGGUUUACCAAUGAUUACUUUACGGGAUUUAGUGUCGCCAACUAUUUGACCAACGAAACGGAAGAUAUCAUAAAUGGCAUGCUUUGGCCAAACGGUACCAUCGAAUGGGGUCGGUUUGAAUUACCCGAGGAUCUGACAAAUACUACCAAAAAUAUCUAUCCAAAUAGUUAUCUAAACUUCACGACCACUACGAUGGAUACAGUCAUCCGUGAGCCGCGGAUCAGUGUACGGCCGCAAAUAUAUCACUCAAUGUGUUUUCUCAAUCAAAUCCAAAAGCCUGGUAUUUUGGUUGACAAUGUCAAUGGUUUUGUGUUUGAAGGCAACUACCAGUGCUUCAAAUUUAACAUUACCUUUGACAACAUUAUCGAUGUGACCCAGAGAGUGGAAAAAUCAUUGAACGGUCAUCGGUUGUCCGGUUUGAAUGCCGAUUACGAAGUGGUAGCAUUUUGGGGACCGGUUACACAACAAAAAUAUAUUACCAUAUUUCAGAUGGAUAGGGAACUCCGUUAUUGUACCACUGAGUACAUGGGUUUGAAAGUAGGAUGCCUAAAUGAUUACAAGAGACUGGUAUGCUGUGGACCUAAUAACUGUUUACUCACCACUACACCCGACGAUGACAAAAAAACCAAUAGCUUAUCGAUUAUCAUUGCUUUGAUAGUGGCUAUCAUUAUUAUAAUGGUCAUCAUUGCCAUCGUUGCCGUCGCUUUGUUGGUCAUAUGUCGCCGAAAAACUGGAUCCUAUUCACCAUCAAAAGCCGAGGCAAAACAGUUUCCGCCGCAGCAGCCGGUGGUGUUGUCGACCACAGAAUCACCAAAGAAACAGAGGUCACAACAAUCGGAUAUUGAUAACAUUAGAUCAAUCAAAAGUACACAAAGUAUGAGAACCCAAAAAUAAUA